CUCAAAAACAUCAUCCAUACAUAACCCACUAAGAAGAAAAAGAAAACUCAUGGAAGGUUUAAUCCCAUUUCUCCUUCAUGCUAUGAAGAAACAGAGGCCUCACCACAAUAGUUUCCGGUCCCUUUCCGACACCUCUAACCGGAGCUACCACUUGCUCGUCGGAGCUGAUUCCAUCGAGGGCUCAUCUCACCGGAGAACUCGAUCGGAGUUUCAGCCUCCGGUCACCACUGUUGAUUUCUUGGAUCUGCCUCAGCCUAGAAGCUUCAAUAACAGAGCAUCUUCUCUGCUUUCCCCUGUUUCCAACCAGAAUGCUUCCAGAUUGCAAUUUGGUUCUAACAUGGCUGCUACAGACAAUUUACAAGGGACGAUUUCUGUUGAUAAUCUCCGUCAUAGGAAAUUCUGAUUGCGUUAAAAAACUGCUACUGAUGAAGAAUUUGUAAAUGUACUAUAUUUGUUUCAUUCUUUUGUACUAAUAUUGUUGUUCGACUAUUAUAAAAUUCUGUUCUUUUAUGUUAUCAAA